AUGACCGACCUCACAGGUGAAAAAGAACACAACGGAAGGCGAGCAUUUGCGGGAAAGGGAAGUCCCGGAUGGGCACAAGCGUCACCACUGACUGCGGUGGCUAAAGAUCCGGCACCAGCUCCGGCUCCAGCUCCUGCACCAGCUCCGGCACCAGCUCCGGCACCAGCUCCUGCCUGCGCACCCGUAUGUUCCUAUAUGCAAAAAGCAUUGUUUAGCUAA